AUAGUCUUGCUAUACUCUCAAAUUGAGAGAUUCUGAACACUUAGUUUAAUCUUUGCCCCAUGAGCUUAACAUACUUAGUAACAGUAACAGUGAUCAAGGUCAUCUCUAUUAACAGCUACAAUGUUUUAUACAAUACACCAAAACUAACAAACAACUUCUCUAUCAGAGCCUCCUAAUCAGAUAUCAGACUCAUGUGUAUGGGUCCAGGUGGUAUUGUCCCACACUCUCAGCCAACAGAGGUGUAUUCACUGUGGUCUUUUAUAUUCCAGGAUGCGUGUGCUGAGUACUGUGUGCUUGUGUGUGGCUUUGCUGCAUGUGUGUAAUGGUUUGCUGCUGGGAGCCUUCAACAUAAAGUCAUUUGGAGACACAAAGGCGUCCAACUCUACCCUUAUGGACAUCAUCACUAAGAUUGUCCAUCGCUAUGACAUCAUCUUGAUCCAGGAAGUGAGAGACAAUGACCUGUCAGCCACAGAGAAGCUCAUGUCUUAUGUCAACAAGGGAGCUGCAUUCACAUACAACUACAUUGUGAGUGAACCUCUGGGACGCAGCACCUACAAAGAGAGAUAUCUCUUCCUCUACAGGGAGAAGACUGUGUCUGUGGUAAACAGCUACCUGUUCGAUGAUGGCUGUGAAUCAUGUGGAACUGACACCUUCAACAGAGAGCCCUUCAAUGUCAUGUUUUCCUCCAGCACCGCUCUGCAGAAGUUCGUCCUAAUCCCACAGCACACAUCUCCAGAAUCCGCCCUCAAGGAAGUGGAUGCUCUUUACGAUGUGGUGACUGAUGUCCGCAAGCGCUGGAAUACAAAUAACAUUAUCCUGCUCGGCGACUUCAACAGUGAUUGUAAUUACGUGACAGACUCGGAGUGGAACCAGAUCAGACUCUUCACAGAUAAGAGCUUCCACUGGCUGAUCACAAAUGAUGCCGACACUACAGUCACCAACUCCAACUGUGCCUAUGACAGGUACAUUCAUAUGAACUCAGAAGUACUUAAUGUUUCACUCAACUGUUCUUCUCUGUCUACAGGAUUGUGGUGACGGCUGAUGCUCUCAAAGGAGUGGUACCUGGCAGUGCCAAAGUCUUUGAUUUUCAGGCAGCACUAAAUCUGAAGCUUGA